CAAAUCACCCUCCGGCCCGCAGUGGCGCUGGCGGCACUUCGUCUCCCUGGGCUCCCGGACCUUUGGCCCUCGGGGGUCUCGGAGUACUAGGCGGAGAAGGGGCUGCUCCCCGCAGACGGCGUCCUCGGCACCCCGCAGGCGGACCAGGCCGUCGGGGCAGGUCGGCCUAAAGCGCUGCGGAGCUGAGCGCCGGGAGAGGUUCCUGCUGGUGGAGAGAGUGCCAGGCGUCCCCCGGGCUCGGCGGCGUGCGGGGACCCCGGGACCCCCGCCCCCGCCCUGGGCAGCCGGAGCCGGAUCGCCGAGCGCGGCGGUGGAUGGAGCCCAGCAGCUCCGAGUCCCGUGCCCUGGAGGUUCAGGCUGCCGCGGGGACAGCGUUUCCAAGACUGGGGCAUGAAGGUCGCUGUGUCGGACCUGGGGUCUCUGUUUGCCAAAAUCUUCAAGACCCCGACGGCGCCCCCGGCGGUCCCCUCGCCGGUGGCCUCCUCCGGCCAUUCGGGGGGCGCUGCCGCCGCAGGCCGGACGGGCUCCAGCGCCUCGCUCAGCGCGGCCCCGACCCCGGCCCUCUUGCCCGCCCUGGCCCCCGACUCCCCCUCCGCCGUGCGGGGAGCACCGCCCUCCUCGCUCCAUCCUCUGCUCGCCGCCUCCUACCCCCGGGUCUCGGUCGCGAGCCGCGCGGCGGAAGCAGCAGGGACCCCCCUCUCGCUGCCCAGUAGCCCGGGAGCGGCCCGAGCGCAGCCCCCGCCCGCCGGCCACUCCAGCAGCGGCCGCAGCGCCGCAGGCUCCCCCGCCCACCUGGUGACCUGGGCGCGGCCCGCCCCGGACCCCGGCGGGGUCACCGCUGCGCUGCCGGCCAUCGGGGGCGCCGGGGGCGGCGGCAGCCUAGCCGCGAGCCCACGGAGCACCCAACAGUCUGGCCCCGGAGAGCGAGAGCCCGGCGCUUGGAUGCCCCCCGGGCCUGGCCCCAGGACCCUGUUCUUCACCCUGCCGGACAUCGGCGAGGAGUGGGCCUCGGACAGCGACUCGGAGGACGGUGGAGAAGCAAGAGGACUGGCAGAAGGAUCUGGAAAGCACAGUUCCGUUGUGAAAAGCGAAGAUCCUUUACCUACACAUUUUACAAGAAAUGUGCAGAAAGCCAUUGAUAAAUAUGCCUGUGGAUCCGUAUCAUCGUUGCCAUCGAGUGGAAGGCCCACGCCUGCAGGUGCCCACAACUCUUGGUCUGGGUCUGGCACACAGACUUCCACCACUGGCUUAUCAACGGAGAGGAGCUCCAUUUACUCCUGGAGAGAUGACGAGUUUGACAAAGCCAAUGCACAGAAAGUACAGCAGCUAUUCUGGGAGGUGGAAGAAAUGUUGUUCGAAGGGAAAGUAAGCCCUCAGACUCAGAAUCUAGUGGCCGAGUGCGGCGAGUGGGCAAGAAGAUCCCUCCAUCUGAGAGUAUUAGGAAGACAGCUCAUAGUGCCGACCGAUGAAGGAUUCCAACAUUUCCAGGGCGAUGAGCCUAGUUCCACGGUCCACACACCCUUCCUGGAUACCUGCGGGCACAAGCACAACAGCAGAGAGCUGUGCAUCUCCGGCUCUCAGAUACUCCCAGGGGCGUGCUCUUCCCCGGCACUGCCAGGCCCCGCUUGCACGCGGCCUGCUGCCUGUUCAGCAGGUUCACCCCUGGAAGAAGAGGUUUACGAUGCGGAUGGAAAGAUGGAAGAAUAUUUUGCUUUUGACAGAAAAGAAGAGGGUGAUGAAUGUCUCGAACAGAAAUCAGUUCAUCGCCAUAGGAUGCGGCAUAAACACGGACUUCCUCCCGUUUCUCCUCACGACUGUAUCAAAGAUUCGGUGGCUGCGGAAGUGUUUGAUCAUGUCUGGACAAAUGUGGUAGAACUAUUGGAAGAGCUGGUUAGAAAAAAUUGGGAAGUUACACUCCCAGGAAAGAAACACAAAGAAAAAUUGAAAGUAGCUGAGAAUAAAUCUCCACUUACGCUCAUAUCUCGUACGAACACUGAUGCGUCGAGUGUUCCCCCAUCCAGAAGCUCUGAAGCCAGAAGUAUAUCCCUGGCUUCUCAUCUUAAUCCACCUCAGGUUCAUCGCUUCUCCAACAACUUUUAUAGUGAUUUGAGUUGUGUGAUGACAAUUCAAGCAAAACCACUUCAGCAGAGACCUACCUGUUUUGCGGAUAGAACGCAGAAUGAACAAGAAGGCAAAUCACUGGGUGUGGGGGCCAGUGCUCCGUCUUUGGCCCGGCACCGUCUGGGACGAAUCUCAGAUGCUCGCGGACUCCACGCUUCCGCAAGGAAGACGCCUGCACAUCUGAGGCUGCCUUCUCUCACUUCAGACUCCCAGAGGAUGAAAACCCCCAGUGUGUGCAGCGAUGAAGUUCUAAGGGGAACAAAGCCGCAAACUGGCAUAGACCGGGGGUCCUCCCCACCGGCUCAGGCCUCAAGGAGCAGGUUACCCCCCAUAGGCUCAGAGACUGGUGGGCAGAAUGUGGCAGUUCCUGGAUCUCGACCUGUUCCUUACAGAGGGAGGCAUCCACAGAACCGUGUGUUUAGUGCAGUACCUGACAGUUUGGAACGCUCGCCUCUUCGAGAAAGAUCUCUGACCGUGGAACAGUUUUCAAGACCCAGCACAACCCAUACAUUUCGGUUAGAUACUCCUCGAAAAGGUUCACUGACUCUGAUGGAAUUUGCUGGCCACACAUGGACAAGUCAGAGUCUGUUGACAGAGGACGACUCUGACUUCAAGGAAGAGAUUCCAAGUGGCAUCUUGAUGGAGCUGGGAGCAGCCAGUCUCAGCAUGCCAUUUAUCACACGAAUAAUGGAAGAACAAGUAUUCUACUACGCAUCAGUUUGUCUGACAGUGGGACCUGCCCGUCGGAGAGAAACGCAAGCACAUAAACAGCUUAGUUUUGAAUCCUUGCAUUGUAAAGAGACUCCAAGUCAAAUUCACCAACCUUCUUCACUGGAAGCAUUCGGAUCUAAUAGGUGUUUAUAAUCCAUCAUCUUAUCAAUCACACAUACACAGACACACACAUAAGCAGUGCAUGUAUUUACACACUCAACAGAUGAGAGGAUAUUGCCUAGGAAUGGGCCAUUCUGUAACUUUGUGUCUUGA